UUUAUAAAAUGAAAUGUAUAAUCUUUGUCAUAAAGCAGUACUUGGAUGAUGAGCUUUGUUGUUGAAUAUAGCAAGAAAUCACCCACACCUCUGGCAAGACAGGAAACUGAUUUAUUUCAAAACUGUUAUGCUCUCAUAAGUAAUAAGCACACAGAGAGAGACAAGUGGCUAGCAGAUCAAAGCGAAUCAUGAGGGCUUUAAAUAUGGUGAGGCUGUUCAUUCUAGUUUUGGUCUUUACUGCUGUCCGUCAAGCUGAUGGUUUAGGUGUCUGCAGUGUGAGCUGUAACAAUGUGACAGGAACUGUGGGAAAUGAAGUCAUUUUAACUUGCAAGGUCUCUGAACAGUGCACUCAAGGCUGCAUUACAAAGUAUGCAUUUCAGUUUCCUGAGAUCUAUAAUGACCACACAAUCUGUAGACAAGAGCUUCCUAAAAGCACCUGUGAAAAAAGGAACAUCUUCACAUGCAGAUACACUCCAGAUACAGCAAUGAAGGAAACCUUCAGCUUCUUUAUACAAAUGAAACGAGGCUUAGCAAAAGAAGAAUUUACAGUGGAGAUCAAAGGUGUCUGCAACGUAAGCUGUGGUGAUGUGACUGGAACUGUGGGGAAGGAAGUGACUCUCAUCUGCAAUGUCUCUCAGCAGUGCACUGAAAUCUGCAUUACGAAGUCCAAAUUUCUGUCCCCUAACAUUAGUAGUAAUUCCGAAAUCUGUAGACAAGAGCUUCCCGGUGGCCUCUGUGAACAGAGGAACAUCUUCAGAUGCAGAUACACUUCUGAUACAGCAAUGAAGAAAACAUUCAGCUUCUUUAUGCAAACAAAAGUUGAAAUGAAAACAGCAGCAUUCACUGUGGAGAUAUCAGAGAAAUUCAGCCAGAACAUAUCAAGAACAUCCCAACAAAAACCAUCAGAUGAGGGUCUGACAUUUAAGGGAUGUCUGAUGGUCUAAACAUUUUAAUUUGAACAUAAUUGUUACAUCUGUGCAAAUGUGGCCCCCACCCUCAAUCUUGGACCAGUACAGCAGUCUAAUCAGUAAAGAUUUAGCUUUAAGAAUGGAGUAGUUCAUUUAUUAUUCAUUUAUUUAUUUAGUUUUGUAUUCAUUUUAGAAAACAAAUCAUUUCAAAAGUUUUACAAAAUGUUACAUAUUAUUAUUUUGUAUUAAGAUAAAAUAUAGAAAAAGAAAAACAGCAAUAUAUAAAAAGUACUAUAUAUUUAUGUACAUAGGCCCAUCUUAGAACUUGUAGGCCCCAUGGCUGGAAUUGCUUAGGGCUUCCGAAUCACUAAACCCACCCCUGUAUAGCCUAAAAUUAGCAUGGCACAUCCGCAAAUAAUUUUGUUUAUUCAUUUUUGCAUUUUAUUUAAUUGUUUUUUUGUUUUUUAGCAUUGAUGUGCGUUGCAAAAUUAAUAACCAAAUGUCUGCCACCCUCAUGGCCAGACAAAUAAAUUUUUGACAGUCUAUUUUACUGAUUCAUAAUGCACUGAAAAAAAUCAUGUCUGCAAAAGUGUUGCAAACAAUGUAUACGUGUUGAAUUUAAACAAACAAUUUAAAUGUAGCAAUGUUCAACUUAAUUUGUUUGUUUAAAUUCAGCCCAAAUAAAUUGUUUACAAGCACUCAACAAAAAU